UUUUUUGUCAACUCAUACUUCUAGUGAUUCAGAACAUACCGGGUUAUACCGGAAAUCUACAUAUACUUCCGCUAUGUAGAUGAACUGGAAUUGAUACACUCAAAUUAAGUAUUUGGAAUAAAAAGAAGAAUCUUUGGCAAUAAAUUAAAGCCAACACAAGUUUUUGGGUCCAUAUUUUAUCGAGUGAAAAAAACAACGUUCGUAUCAGUUAAAGAACUUUCAGAUGUUUAUAAAAAGGAAGGAACGUUUUCGCCAACUAAAGUGAUUGAAUCUGAUUUAGGGGGCUGUUAAGAUCAUUUAGAAGUAAUUUUAAAAAGCUAGGUAUUAAAUCUUAUUUGAACUUGUAUUGUGAAAAUAAUUGCGAAUUUUUGGAUCUCACAAGACCAAUACCUCACUCAUAUCGAGCUAUACAGAGCUGUUGGAAAUCUUGUGAACCCCAGCCACUUGAAAGGAUUACAAAGGGUAAGAGGAUAAUGGAUAUUAUAUUUUGACAAUCAUGAAGACCGAGAUAAAACACUUACAAAUGGUAUUGUUAUUCGUAAAAAGCUAAUACAAACAUAUGUAAAAUAUCCCAUGGUUGCUGAAAAUGAAAAUCCUAACAAUGUUCGUGUUAGAAUAAAACAAUAUACCUUGCUCAGCGGACGACGGUCAAAUUCAGAGAGCCCUUGAGGAUUUGUAACUGAGUUGUACAUACACUGUUUCGUGAAAGGCUAAGAGUUGAUGGACGUGUGAGAAAUUGUCAGACUGGCGAUUGCAUUGCGAUAUGUGACCCAAUACUCAAUCCUUUGCCAAAAACUUUAUUUAUUGGUAAAUACAGAGCAGUAGUUCUCCAUCGAGGUCAGGUAGAUACCCGUACAAACAUUACAUGUAAUAAAUGUCUACAAGAGGGACAUAAAUCUUUUGAGUGUCCAAACGAUUGGGUGUGUAGGACAUGUGGUGGCAGCGGUCAUAAAGCAAGCUAUUACACUACUUGCCCAGACGAUUUGGUAGACAGACUUGCGGGAAAUCUGGUUAUACGGCAAAAUACUGCAAAGCAGACUCUAGUUAUUCCAGUGAAGAUAGCCAAUCAGAAUCUUAGUCAGAUUCAGUCAUUUCUAUCCGUCCGGAAAGCAGUCAAAAUGAAAAGCAAAAAAAAAAAAACAAAGAGCAGCUGAUGCAGAAAAAAGGCACUUAGAUUCACCUUCAAUAAGCAGCCAAGUAAUGAUGUUUACAAUCAUGUCAUUAACAAUCUUGAUGAUCAAUCAAACCAAAGUGAGAAAAAAGCAAGAAAGACAUGUUAAAAAAGCUAAACGGACAAAAAAUAAAAGAGAAAAACAAAAUAUUGAUAAUGAUCAGCCGAGCAUGGAACGGUUCCUAGCAGAUACCUUUAGAACUCCAUCACAUAAAACCAAUUAAGAGCAAAAAACGCGUACUAAACAAACUGCAAGUACUCCUACUGAUGAGCUUCACAAGAGAGAAGAACCUGUGAAAAAAAAAACGUUAUCUUAAGCUCAUGUAUAUAAUUACUACCAAUUAUAAAUCUUCAUGGUUUUUAUAUUGUAUAUAUUGUAUAUAUAUAUAUUUGUUUACUUUGUAGCACAAACAUAGAAUGUGUUUAUCAAGUGAACAAAAUCAUAAUUUGUGAAUGUGAUGUCUGUAUUGUAGAUAGCAUACAUUCAAAAGGGAUUUAUCAGCAUAUUUGUUUAUUUAAAAAUGUAGUAAAUUUCGCAUAUAUAAAAUUUACAAAUGAAAAAUGCAGAGAGUAUGAAUUUAAAGAUGUUAAAACUGUUUGGACGGAAAUUUUUGUUCCACACGCAUCUCAAACAAAUGAGCACUGAAAUAAAGAAGUGCAUGAUCACCAUGUGUCAAAGUCAUUCAGAAAUUUUUCAUUGGCACACAUUAAAUCCCUUAUCAAAAAAGAGAUUCUUUAAAUGAAGUAAAAAACAGUCAGUCUCCUUUAAUUUAAGAGUACAAUUUCAGUAAACGUCAAUCUCAAGAAGUCCUUUUCUUCAGGAUAUGAACAGAAAACAUCAGCUGAAAUCACCAAUCUAAAAAUAUAUGCUGAAUCUACUACAUAUUGCCACACGAUUAUGGUAAACUUAAAAAAAAACAUCCAAAAAGUUUCUCCAAUUCUUGAAAUUUAAUAUCCCACACACUUGCGUUAUAGACAUAGUUCAAGAAUAUAGCACUUUGAGUAAGGUCAUUUGGCUAAUAAUAACAUUCCGUGGUACGAUUUAUUCCAGAUCUGAAAAAGAAAAUAAAAGUUGUAAAUACACAAGAACCACCCUAGCUAUUACAAUUACAGUAUGUGACAAUUUUAAUGUUUACAAAAAACAAAACGUUUUCGGAAAGUCAGUUUUGAAGCUAAACAUAAAAAUUAACUUUACCAAUCCUAUGUAAAGGUCUAAAAAUAACUUUGUGUUUAUCUGAGUCACGAUAGACAACAGGUUUUCAAAUGUUGAUAGUUUUGAAUAGAUCGUUUAAGAGAUUAACGAUUACAAUACUUUAAUAUUAUAAUGAAAACAAAAAAUCUUCACAUUUGUUCACUAAAUUGUCAAGGUCUAGCGAGAAAAGAAAAACGCUUUAGAUUAUUCUCUUGAUUUUAACAACAGAAAUGUUUUCUUUUAAUACGCAAGAAACUCAUUUGUCACAAGAUAUGACAAAGCAAAUUAACAAUGAAUUCCAUGGCAAACAUCUGCAUAGCCUAGGAACAACAAACUCGAGGGGAGUAUCUUUCUUUAUUAACAAAUCACUUGAUUUUAAAUUAGUUAAUGAAUUUUGUAAUAAAUAAGGGAGUAUUAUCAUAGUCAAUAUGGAAAUUCAAGAUAAGAUCUUCACCUUAUUUAAACUUGUAUUCACCUAAUGAAGUUCAUGCAAGAAACCAAUUUUAUAAAAAAGGAUCAUGGCUAGUAAUUGCAGUCUAUGUAGUGUUUGUGAUAAUCGUCAAACGGCCAAAUUCUCAGUAGUCUGGUGUUCUGAAUGUGACGAAGGACUAUGCGGAGAUUGUAAAGAAUAUCACAGUAUUUCCAAGGAUACUAAAAACCACGGAACAUAUUCAAUCGCCGAGCAUACGAAGUUACCGACCGAACUGCUGCAAGUUGCUCAAGUCUGUAAAAUACAUAAAGAAGAAUACAGGUUUUUCUGUACAAAACAUGAUUGUCCGUGUUGUAAGAAAUGUAAGAAAUCUCACAAAGAAUGUAAAGGUUUAACCGACAUAAAUGAAAUUAUACAAGAGGUCAAAACUUCGAAUGCCUUUUAUGAAAUCGAACAAACCCUGCGCGAAGUCGUUGAAAAUAUCAAAAUUCUCAGCACAAACAGGAAAGAAAAUUUAGAAUUGCUAGAAAACAAGAGAAGAAAAAUAGAAGCAGAAAUAAAAUAUGCCAGGACAAAGGUAAAUCAUCACCUCGAUCAAAUUCAGGCUGAUUUGAUGAAAGAAUUAAUGGCAGUUCAACAUCAAGAAAGUAGUAAAAUACAAAAUGUAUUGUCUUCUCUAAAUCUUAAAGAAAAAGAGAUCACUGAGUUACAGGUAAACAUUGAUAAUAUUAAACAGAAAGCGUCCGAUCUUCAAGCAUUUUUAACCAUAAAAGUACUUGAAAAGAGUUUGGCAGUUGAAGAAAAAAAUAUUCAAUCGAUUGCCAAUAGUGGCAUCGUAAAUAAAGUCAAUAUAUCAUGCCAAAUUAACCAGCUAUUACAGCAAAUUACAGCCAGUGUUUCGAAGUUUGGAGAAAUUAAUGUCAGUUCUGAUCCAUAUCAGUUGCCCAUUCAGAAACAAAAAGACAGAGAAGCCCAGAUUAUGUUAGCUGUUCCAACCAGAAAUAUCGGUAAUCUGGCUUUGACGUUACAGAAACGUAUCAAUACAAAGUUAUCAGAUGUCCAAGGUUGUUCUCUGCUACCUAAGGGUAGGAUGGUAUUCUCUUGUUAUGAACAAGAGAAAAUAAAAGUUUUCAAAUCUAACGGAUCAAAAGAUUUCGAAAUCAAUGAUAUUGGUAAAGUGGUCGAUGUGGUAUUUAUUGGAGAUGGUUGUAUUGCUGUCACAUCUGGUCAUUCAAAUAAGAUUAGUAUAAUCGACAUACCAACGAAAUUGAUGUAA